UCACAGAUUCUUCUUGAAAACUUCACUUUAAUUAUACACCUGACUGCUACAUUUAACCACACAAUGCUUCUUUCCUCACAGCUUCCACUGCAUCUCUAAUGGGUUCUCUGUUUAUUUGCGGAUCGAUAUCAGAGAUCGGGCUUUCCUCAUGCACUUCUUCUGUGCUUUUGCUAGUAAUUUCAUUGAUCUUCCCAUCUCUCAGCCUCACUGCAGCUCAAACAAGCAUCUGCAGAACCUCUUGUGGUAACAUUCCCAUAAACUACCCUUUUGGUAUUGAUGAUGGUUGUGGAAGUCCUUACUAUAGGCACAUUCUGGUCUGCUCCGAGUCCAGCAAACUCGAGCUCCGAACACCCUCUGGGAGAUACGCAAUUCGAAACAUAAGUUACUCCGAUCCUCAUGUUCUCGUUACUGAUCCAUUCAUGUGGAAUUGUCAAGAUGGCAAUAACUUUCGGCCCACAAGACCCUUCAGCCUAGACACAAGCACCCAUUUCUCCCUCUCCACACAAAAUGACUACCUUUUCUUCAAUUGCAGUGAAGGAGAUGUAAUCAUAGAGCCUAAACCGAUUUUUUGCGAACGUUACCCUGACCGGUGUGACUCAUCGUGUGAUAGUGCUAGUUAUCUCUGCAGGCACUUGCCCGAAUGCGCUUCUGCAUUGGGUAGUACUAGUUCCUGCUGUUCUUAUUACCCAAAGGCAACCGAGUCUCUGAGGCUGAUGCUCAAGUACUGUGCUACUUACACAAGUGUGUACUGGAGAAACAGUGGUGAGACUCCUCCCACUGAUCAGGUUCCCGAGUAUGGGAUCAGAAUCGAUUUUGAUAUUCCAGUUACCACCCGAUGCCUUCAGUGUCAGGAGGCUGCAAGGGGAGGAGGGACCUGCGGAUUCGAUACGCAGACCCAAAGUUUCUUGUGUCUAUGUCAGGAGGGAAAUGCCACAAUUACAUGUAAAGAUCAAAGAAAUUAUCGGCAUCACCGGAGAGCCAGAGUAAUUGCAGGGAUAGCGACUGCAGUUGCAGUUGCUGGGGCUUUAUUAAUUGGGGCUGCUAUAUGGUAUUUAAGAAGAGUGAGAGCAAAAGCACCAGUAACAUGUGGAGUUCAGAGCAAUGAGAAUAGGCUUUUCUGAACAGUACUGCUCGAAAGGCUUCCCCUAAUAUUUUAUGCCUGUUGAUUUCCUCCUUUAUUAAACUGAAAAAGAAGAAAAGGAAAAAGAAACCCAUGUUCUCACCAUCAGUGUUCUUCUCAAUUUUGAAGGUCAUGUAUCCUUAGAGUUUGGGCUUACUAAGGCCAUUAGGUUAAAGUUGGAAACAGGUUAUGAUCAAACUGAAUAUUUUGUGUUUAUGUUAGCUUAUUUUAUCUUGGCGACCUAUCCAAAA